AUCAGCGCCCAAUGGUAUUGAGACUUGACUCAAUUACACGACUGACCUACGCGACGCAAGGAGCAUCCUUAGGCCAACAAAAGCAUGUCUCAGGCCGCCUCCACAACAUCUAGAAAGCCACGGAGGUUCUUACCUGAGCCCAUAGAGACAUCUUCACGCAGUUCCAAGAAUCGUCAAGACAAUGAAUUGACAACCCAAUGUUUACAUCAAAUGCAAACAAGCUUCCGCACAUCUGAAAUAAGGUCCACCUCGUGCAAAAAUGAGGACUCUGGCAGGAGUUCACACCCCCCCCCACAACAGACGUGCUUGUCACCUUGUUUAACAACAGACCAUGAUGCGCACAGAUUCACAGCAACAAUGCACAAAACCCCAUUUACGCAGGUGAUUGGAGGCAACCAGCAGGGAAACGCGAAGAGAUACACUCCCCAGCUAAUGGAGACUGUCAGACACUCUUUUCGCCCAGGGAAGAAGCCAGCCAAACUGUUCAGCUCAGCGGGGCUUGGGACACAAAGCUCACGGGACGCCAUCGAGGCCGCCAAUCGAAUGGAAGCGGACCAUGGCGCUGUACAAGAAUCCCGGUUCUCAUACUCCAGCCUCCUACGACGCCAAGAAACGAGAAGGCACUCAUUUCGUGUGCCUGAUCUGCCUGCAAUUCCCUCUAGUGGCAGCGAUGAAUCAAAUGAGUCAGACUCACCCCAAGUGUCCAGUGAAACUAUUGCCACAGCACGAGGGACAUUCUCAGAUGACACUGCACGUCCAAGAAAUGGCCGAGAAAUGUCCUUCAUUGAAUACAUUCUCCCGUUCCCACGCCAUCCCUCGGAGAAUCAGUUGAAGGAACAAGCCCUGGCAGCCUUUCCAAACGAGCAGGUUUACCAGCAAGUAGAUCACUUCGCAAUCGACCGAGACGAAGAAGAGCCCGUUAACGAAGAUAUCAUCAAAAUACGUGAUCCAGAACUCGAGUUCAGGACAAGGAGGCGCGCUUCAUCCGCAGAUCUCCCUUCGGAACUCGAAUACCUACGCAAGCAUAAAGAGGAGGCUGGUAUGAAUAGGCGCCAUUAUUUUACAACGAGAGGAGCAUGCUUUUCAACGUGUGCUGUCUAUCAAACUUCCAGGAAAUCGGGCAAACCUGCAAACCAUGAUGAUGGAUGGGACCCAAACUCUCCCUUUGCACGAUUAAGGCAGGCGGCUAGCCCGCCGAUGCUCGGGGGUGAUCUCAUAUUUCCACAAAGCCUGACUCCUAAAACCACAAUAUGUGAACACCCGAACAGUGUUGGUUCUCAAGGUCACCGCGACCACUCAUUAGGCUCAGGCCUCUGGAGUGCCUGUCCGUGUUCUUCUGCUCAAUAUGACAUUGGCGGGCUUUGGAAUGGGACUUGCAAGUCAGACCGGUAUUCUACACAUGGUGUUGAAAAUUUAUCGAGGGAAGCUAUUACGCCCAAGAAAGAUGUCAUAAACAAUAAUUCUGGAAAUUUGGAUGCAUCAUCUAAAGCCAGUAACCUCCGUCACCGAAAGCGGCAGAACGCCGUCCAAAGUCCGACAAAUGAAUCCGCCGAUAGCGAGCGCAUCGAUCAGGAGUUCAAUGACGAUUUCGUUACACAGAUAUACGAUUAUUUAUCGUUAGGAUAUCCCAGCAUUGCCCGUUACUUCGACCACGAAUUAAGUAGGGUUUCGGGGUUACCAAUAGCAGCUCUCAGAGCGGAUGACUUGAACAUGGACGCCAAAGGUUAUGUUGGUGUGAACGACAUUACCAACAAGGGAGUGGCGAAUCGUGUUUGUAUGAGGUGGACAGCUUUGAAGUUAUAUAUUCAUGAAUGGGCACGCCAACAUCCCCGCAUGCUCGAAGCAGGGCAUUAUCAUGAGACUUGGGGGGUAAGCGAACGCAAGGGAAGCUGGGCUGUCUGA